CAAUUAGCCUAUCAUGUCGUCUUGCAUGUUUGAGGGCUGCUUUCGACAACGUCUGCUCAACUCGACCAAGUGCGAGUUCCACAAGAGCCGUAGCCUCUGCAAGGUGCCUUUCUGUCGCAACCAAGUGUAUGCUCGUCAGCUUUGCGUCGCGCACGGCGGCCGCCGGCCUUGCAUCCAUGCGGGCUGCUCGGCAAAUGCUCGCAUUGGCUCGUACUGCUGCCGCCAUGGGCCCAAAUCGGGGAAGAAGCUUUGUCGCGAGCCUGGCCUGGUCGUCGCCAAGUAUAGCCGUCAUCGCCAACGCCUACGCGCCGUGGGGUUUGUCGACCUCGCAUUUGCCGACCUCUCCUUUGCCGACCUCGCCUUUGCCGACCCGACGCUCCCCAGGAUAUGGCGGCUGCUCACGUCAUCGGCAGUACCCAACCGGUUCCAGUUCAUGCUCACCUACUGGUUCGACAUGCGCGUGGGGCCCAGCACGCUCCAGGCGCCGUCGCCGCUGUGUGGCCCGCUGCCAAGCUCGGCUCUUAAGCCGCCAUGGCUGGUUCGCCUGCACAACGCGACAAAGCUGUUUACCCAAAUGACACCGGCCGAAGCCCGCCGCAGCCGUGUCCCGCCAAGGACACACUUCCAGCUCCCGAUCCGCCAUUUGGACGUCGACGACGACUUUCACACAGCCGCUUUCAGCCGUCGCCUCCGCUGCCGCGCUCCGACUACCCGACGCCAUCUUACCCUACCAAGCUGCCUCUUUUGCCCCGAGCACGAGACGUACCGCCACUUCAUCGUAGACUGCGACUUCAUCAAGGACGUGUGGAGCACUCUCCAUGCGGUCAUGGCCCCCUUGGGCUACCUCUACUCGACGCCGAAGACGGCCUCCGACAUGCACCGAGCCGCGUUCCGCUACCUCUGGCCAGUGCUCCGCGCCUGCGUCUGGUUCAACGUCUGGCGCGUCCGCAACGAUCGCGUCUUUCGCGCCGACCUCCCACUGCCAAGUCCAUGGACGAUUGCCGUCAAAGCGGCGCGUGUCGCUCAAAUGCACUUGCACCACAGCCUCGUUCAAAAUCCCGGACAGAUAGCUCUCUGUCGCCUUCUCCGGCUCCUCGCUCAACACGAGUGGCCGCGCCAGCACCUUGCCCCGCGGAUCGCGCUCCUGCCUCCGCCGGCCUAG